CUUGUGGGAUUGCGAGACAAAUGUGAAUUUAAUGAUCCAAUGUGGACCACAGCUAAGCUUCUCGUAAAAGAGGGGUAUCAAGAGUCGUGGUCAAAUUUUUGUCUUGAAGACUCGUACAUUCUUUCCAACGUCAAGCUAAAAAAGUAUAUCUCAACGUUGCUAUGGAAAGCUGCUUGUCUCUUGGAUAGGAGGAAAUAUAAGAAUAUUCGCUUCAGGUUAUGCAAGUACGACAAAAUUCUGCAUACAUUCAUUAAAACAACGAAAGUUGGUGUCAAUAUUACAGUUUGUUGGUGCGGUGAGAAAUAUAAGAACUUGAUAAUCAGCAUAGAUUUGACACCAGCAAUAUCCGUCACUCUCGCAGAAAAACAGUUCUCAAGGAUUCAUAAACACGGUGUUAGAAGAUUGGUUGAUAAUCAUAUUCACGUUAUUCCGUACGUUAAACAUGGUGAACACGACCUCGAGUGGCGACCCUCAUUUUCGCUUACGGAAGUCCACAUUAUGAAAAAAUUACCACGGAAACAGAUCGCGCUUUAUAAAG